CUGAGCAAUCAAUCAAUGACCUGCUCGUGACGCUGGUGAAAACUGGAUGCAGGUAGCCAAUCAAAGCGAAGGGGGCGUGGUUUGCCGAGAACGGGUUGGUUAAAGCAAAGCUUUGUAGUCACGUGUUUGCAGUGUUAUUCUCCUACAGUACAGAUGUGGGCGCUGUCUGUAUGAGUGUGGAUCUCCAGCUGCAGUAGUGUAGAGAUCCGCUGUGGGUGUACAGUGGUGCUGAAGGAGGAGAGGAAGAGGAGCUGCUGGGAUGAAGAAUUAAUAGAAGUUCUGAUGCAAGUCUUUAGACCACAUGGCACCUAGGAGAAGCUCCAAUACUCAAAAAUCAUCUUCUGGUAUUUCCCAAAAGAACAGACCGUACAGAAAUAUACAGAAAAAUACAGUCAAAGAGAAAACUCACCACUGCACAGAGUGUGGGAAGAGUUUUACUCUACCAAGUACUCUUAAAAAACACCAGAGCAUUCACACUGGAGAGAGGCCGUAUCAGUGCUCAAAGUGUCCGAAAAGUUUUGUUCAACUGAAUUAUUUGCGUAUUCACGAGCGCAUUCACACUGGAGAGAGGCCGUAUCAGUGCUCAGUGUGUGGAAAGAGCUUCACUCAGCAGAGUCACCUCAGUGGACACCAGAGCGUUCACACUGGAGACCGUCCCUACACCUGUUCGGAGUGUGGAAAGAGUUUUAGGGAAAGUAGUAAUCUCAAACGACAUGAGCGCAUUCACACUGGAGAGAAACCCUACGCCUGUUCAGAGUGCGGGAAGAGCUUUCGCAUUGGACAGACUCUCAUAAAGCACCAGAGCAUUCACACUGGAGAGAAACCCUUUCAGUGUUCAGACUGUGGGAGGAGUUUCCGUAUUAGAGAGACUCUCAGAAAACACCAGCGCAUUCACACUGGAGUGAAACCGUAUCAGUGCUCAGAGUGCGGGAAGAGCUUCAGUAUAAAGGAUUAUCUUCAGCAGCACCGGCGCAUUCACACCGGGGAGAAACCGCAUCACUGCUCAGAGUGUGGACAGAGCUUUACUCUCAGGAGUCAACUUCAAAGACACCAGCGCGUUCACACCGGAGAGAAACCGUAUUACUGCUCAGACUGUGGGCGGAGCUUUAGGUUUUUGGUUUGUUUAAAUCGUCACAAGUGUACUAAUCAGGAUGAGAAACUAAUGGAGUCCAGCAGCAGAAGCUCUGGUGCUCAGGAAAUUUCCAAGAAGACCAAAAAGAAAAGUCACAAUGGUGCAGACUGUGGGAAGAGUUUCACUCAGCAGAGUAAUCUAGAAGACCACCAGCAAGCUCACAACACUGAUUUCAAAGACCACCAGAGCGUUCACACGCAGGAGAAACCGUUUCAGUGCUCGGUGUGUGGGAAACGGUUUUCUCGGCGGAAUUAUCUACAAAUUCACGAGCGCAUUCACACUGGAGAGAAACCGUAUCAGUGCUCAGUGUGUGGAAAGGGUUUUAUUCGGCAGAGUUACUUACAGACGCACCAGCUCAUCCACUCGGGACAGCUUCCCUUUCGAUGCUCGGUCUGCGGAAAGACGUGUAGCGAAAAGAGCAAUCUCAAAAAACACGAACGCGUUCACUUUGCUGAGAAACCGUAUCGCUGUUCAGACUGUGGGCGGUGUUUUCGGAUUCGGGAUACUCUCAGAAAACACCAGCUCCUUCACACCGACGUGAAACCGUUCCAAUGUUCCGAGUGUGGAAAGAGUUUCCACCAGCGCAGUACCCUCAAAACUCACCAGAACAUUCACGCCGAAGAGAAACCGUAUCAGUGCUCCGAGUGUGGAAAGAGAUUCACUUCUUCUCCCAAUCCUGAUGUCUUUUACCAAAUCUACCUAAACAAACUAAUCAACAAAUUUCUAAAAACAGUAAUUAAAACACAACCUUCAGAAAUGGAACUGGAAACCAUGGCGAGCUCCAGUAUUCAGGAACCUUCCUCCAGUUCUUUUGGCACUUUCUUCCAAACUCAAUACAAUUCAGAAACGGAGAGAACUCACCCCUGCCUGGAAUGUGGGAAAACUUUUACUGUACUGAGUUUCCUCCAGGAACACCAUUGUGUUCACACUGCAAUUAAACCAUAUCAGUGUUCAGACUGUGGGCAGAGCUUUAGACAGAAAAAUGAUCUGCAGAAUCAUCAGCGUGUUCACACUGGAGAGAAACCGUAUCACUGCUCGGAGUGUAAUAAGAGUUUUCGUGAUAAAUCCACUUUCAAAUCGCAUCAGCGCGUUCACACUGGCGAGAAACCGUAUCACUGCUUAGAGUGCGGGAAGAGCUUCAGGAACAGCGAUUAUCUCCAGAACCAUCGGCGCGUUCACACCGGAGAGAAACCGUUUCUCUGUUUGUACUGUGGAGGACGUUUCCGCGACAGAUCCACUUUCAGAACACAUCAGCGUAUUCACACAGGCGAGAAACCGUAUCACUGCUCGCACUGUGAGAAAAGCUUUUACGACCGAUCCAUUUACAGAAAACACCAGCACGUUCACAACGGAGAGAAACCGUACCAGUGCUUAGAGUGCGGGAAGAGCUUUAACCGACCCAGAACCUUCAGACUGCACCAGCGCAUUCACACUGGAGAGAAAACCCACAUUUGUUCAGACUGCGGGAAGAGUUUCGCUCUGAAGAGCACCCUCAAAGCUCACCAGCGCGUUCACACUGGAGAGAAACCAUAUCACUGCACCGUGUGCGGGAAGAGCUUCGGAAAACACGAUCAUUUCAAAAUACACCAGAGAAUUCACACUGGAGAGAGGCCGUAUCCCUGCGCAGAGUGCGGGAAGAGGUUUAUGAAACGGUGUCAUCUCCAAAGACACGAGAGAAUUCAUACCGGUAGAAGCCUUAUUACUGCUCAGAGUGUGGGCGGGGCUUCUCCUACUCCUCCACUGUUCUACAAUCCUUUAAAUCUACCUUUGUGAUCAUGAGAUCGUCGGUUCAAAUCCUUUUUAUGUAGCUUGCCAUCAGCUGCCGGAGCCCUGAGAGAGCACAAUUGGGAGAGAGCACCUUACUCACUCUGGGUGGGUACAGUAGAUGGCGCUCUUUCCCCUCAUCAUUUCUAGGGUGAUGACAAUCAGCACAAGGCUGCGUCUGUGAGCUGAUGUAUCAGAACCGAGUUGCUGUGCUUUGCUCUGAGUGUUAGCGCUGUGAUGCUACAGCAUCAGCAGUAGUUCAAAAAGAGGCGGAGUCUGACUUUACAUGUGAUGAAGGAGGCAUGUGCUAGUCUUCACCCUCCUUGUGUUGGGGCAUCACUAGUGAUAGGGUAAGUCCUAUGAGUGGGAUGAGUAAUUGGGAGUUUAUGAAUCUACCUUCAUAAACUCACCUAGAGAUUUUCACCAACCAGGUUUUCUUUUGCCGACAGAGAUAAAAUAUAUUUACAAUUACUGUAAACCACAAAAACUAAGGCCCAUCCCACUUAAAUUUUGUCCAAUUAACCCUUGUUUAAAACUAAGAUAUAAGAGCAAGUGGUGAAAUACCUCCCUACAAAUUGGGACAACAUCCUGCCGGUCUGAUGUAAUAGCAGUGCAGUGCAGUGCUUCAGCAACCUAGCUGCUGCUGCUGAUUUACUAGUUUAUUUUAGGAGAUUAUAUGUCUUCAGAAAGGACAUCAUUCCUUUAAAACACUGCAGUCAGCUCACUUACUGUGUGUGUGUAUACUAGUACACACACUGGACUGAUAUCUGUUGUUGUUUGUUGACUACUGAUUUGUAAUAACUGGUUUAUAGUGGGAGAAAAUGGUGUAAUUUCAGUUUUUGAUAGUGUGUGUAUGUGUGCGUGUGAGUUUGCAUUAGCACUUGCCUCCACACAGUGCUGGUUUAAGUUCUCCUGCUGAUAUAACAGAGCUUUUGGGUGAUUGUUUUUUGUAGUUUCAGAUAUUUUCUGAUGUUUUCAUAAUCCACUGUAAAAUAGUUCCACACUGUAAACUCUCUAACUAAAAUGUAUUUAGAAAUAAAUAGGCAUAUUCUGACAUAACAGUUGACUACAAAUGGACAAAAUAAACAAGUUAAACCAUCAU